AUGGUGGCGAUGCAGACCCUCACCCCUCAUGUCUACUGGGCUCAGCGGCACGCGGAGCUCUAUCUGCGGGUGGAGCUGAGCGACACGAAGGUAGGACGGAGUCCAGCAUCCAACCGGCUUCUGUCAGUUUAUACUCAAACACGGCGGCCGUUUCACCCUCACUACUGUGUGUAAAUACCUCUUAUCUUUAUUUUGUCGCUGCUUUAGACAGAAUGUCAGCUUCUUUGCUCGUAUUUACUGUAAAACAAACAAUUAGUAUCACUAUUAGCUAUUAAACAGGGGCGCAUUAGAGGGGUGUGAUGGGGUGGCCUCUUUAAAAACUAAAUGGCCACCCUAUGAUCCCUGAACAAGAUGGAACUGUUUUUCCUUUUUAAUUAAAAAAAAAAAAAAAAAAAGUCAUAGUCUGGAACAUCUUUAUAGUAGCUUUGCAUCGUAUAAUAAUAAUAAUAACAAUAAAAAUGUUAUUAAUAUUGCACUUUUAUAGGUGCUCAAAGAUGCCUUGCAAAGAAAAAAAAAAUUCAAAAUUUUUUGAGAAAUAAAAGCAACAAUGAUUAUAGGAGUCACAUCUGUAAGUUUAUCCAUCAUGGGUUACGUCAGGUUUCCACUGGUGGCAGUGCAGCGUUUUCUAUACAGGCACAGGGGUCAGGUAACCAGGUGACGCAUGGGGUGGAAGGUCAUGCGGUUUUUACCACUCGCCAGGAUCACUCACCUCACCUUUUUUAUUUUCCAGCAGCAUCACCUCCUCACAUUAUCUGUUCUUUUGCAUCAGUUUAAUCCUGAUGCAAUCAUUAAAUGGGAACAUCACCCGAACACGGAUCAUCGUGUGGACAAUUUUGUGUAAGAGCGUGUCAAAAACAGUCUCCCACUCCCAGGGCAGGAUAGUCGCUAUAAUGUAAAAGGUUUAAAAAGACACAAUAGGGGAAGACAAUAAAAGAACAGUUCACAGGUUAAAAGGUGUGUUUUUAGUAGUAAUUUGAAAGUAUGGGGGUCUGUACAGUUUUCAGUGGGUUUGGGGAGUGAAUUUCAGAGGGUGGGGGCGGCAGCGGAGAAGGCUCUGUCCCCCAAGUUGAUGCUUAGUUCGAGGGGGUAGGGCAAGAAGAUUUACCUCUGAGGAUCGGAGGGCACGGGAUCCUCAGGAUAAAAAAACAACAACAACGUAUUUCUGUUAUUUUAGUUUUUUAGCAUCAGUGGAAACCCCUGAAAUGAUAAGAAGUGAACGCUUUUCCAGUGAUGUAAAGUUAAACUCAGCAUGUUACUUUUUGACGGUCCCAGAAGAAUCUGAAAGUUGUGCCUCAUCAUUAUUAUAAAACAUUCGAAGCAACAUCUCUCCAUCUCAGCCUAGUAUUUAAAAAACAUAUGCCAAAAAUGAAGCUGUGGUUGGUUGUGACACUAUAUGAUUCAUUUUGAUGCCAAAUCAUUCACAGAAUUCAAAUCCGACCUGCGUCCUUUACUCGCUCUUUUUAGCCUUCUCCCUUACUGUCAUGGCGUCCACUAAAUACUAAACCGUCCAUAUGACCAUGAACAAUACUAGCCAUAUGGAUGACUCCUGAUCAUGCAGAGAAGCAGCUGUGAGUGACGGUCCCAGUGUGUGUGUGUGUGUGUGUGUGUGUGUGUGUGUGUGUGUGUGUGUGUGUGUGAGUGUGUGUGAGUUGUUAGCUGAGAUCAACCUGAUUUUAACUGGAGAUUUUCUUCUUUUACUUAAACACUAUAGCAGGUGGAACAAGAGCAUCUUAAUAAUGACACAGCUGAUUCUCCAGACUGUGUGUGUGUGUGUGGCGCACUGACUCUCUUUACUCUCUUUACUCUGUUUCUGCCGUCUGGUUGUUUACUAAAGUAACAUGUCAAACCGGCUCUUCCUUCCCUGGACAUUUCCUGGUUAAUCCACCCUCCCUCUGCAUCUGUCGGACAAAGGUCUUAUAAAAGAUGCAUGGCUGUUAAUGGUCGUCCUGGAUCUUGUUUAGGCUCUUAGGAGAAUAGCUUAAUGAUUACUGAAGAGGCUGAAAGAAGAACACCUGUCAUGCCGCACACUGAAUAUGAAAAACUCCUCUCGGGAGAUUUUUGAAGCCUCCUUUUGUGUUUUCUCAGAAUCUUGACAUCAGCCUGCAGGAGAACAACACCCUCCAGUUCAGAGGUUGGUAUCCAUUAAAAAAUUGCUGACAUAAGCGAUCUGUUAUUUGAGGGCAGUUUUACUCUACAGACUUGAACAUUGACGGGUCUGGUUUCAUAUCUUAAUGGAUUCAUUUUUAGGAGUUUCCAGAACCCAACAGUCCAAAACCCAAAGAAAUUACAAAAUAAACACAGAAUUAGACGUUUAAAAAGCCGUAACCUUGACAUGUUCAAUGAGUUUUUAAAACAGCUGAUGGUUGUAUCCUUACAGUGGACUUAUUUCUUAAUUUAAAUGCUCAAUUAUGCAAAAAAGCAGGUCAUAAAUCCUGAUGAUGUCCUCAUAUUAAGCCGUUAUCUUGUUUUUGUCCCACAGCACAGGGUCACGGAGCUAAAGGAGAUAAUGAAUAUGAGUUCAGUUUGGAGUUCUUGGAGCCUGUUCGUCCGGAGGUACUGAUCCAUCAAUUUUCUCUGAAAGUUUAAAGCAGCUUUUGCUCAGGGGUGGGGGAUGACUACAUGACUCAAUACUUGAUAAAUGUCCCUGCAGGUUAUAAGGUAAUAAGUUUAGGAGCAGGAUUAGUGUCAGCAGAGGUGCUGUGAGUCUAAAAGUUUGGAUGCAUUCAUCAAAUCAAGUCUUUAAUUACAUUUUUUAGUCCUGUUAUAAACACUUGCAGGCAGCAGUGAAAAAAAUUCUUUGACGCUGUGUUUUCAGAUCAGCCAUAAAUCCACUCAGCGUCAGGUGGACAUAAAGAUCAGGAAGCAGGAGGAGCGCUGGUGGGACCGGCUCACGCUGCAGGAGAAGAAGCCGCUGUUUUUGGCUCCAGACUUCGACCGCUGGCUGGACGAGUCUGAUGCCGAGAUGGAGCUUCAAGCAAAGGUAGGAAAUGUUCAAAAUAAUAACAGUGGAGUGGGCUGUUCGACUGCAGAUUAAAGACGGCAGAGGUCUGUCAGUGAGCCCUCUGAGAUACACUGUAGACAGGUUUAUGAGUUUAUUAUAGUCUGAAAAUAAAAAGAGGCCUCAGUGAAGCUGUUUUUAGCUCCAGAUCCUCCUCAUACUUUGUGUUGCAAAGCCAGACCACAAAACUUUGCAUUUCCCCUCACAGUCCGGUUGUGUACAACAAAGAGACACCUCUGUUAUUAGCUUCCACUACAUGUGAGACAACAAAGUCACAGUCUCUACACUGUUACUGUACCGUUUGAUGGUCACGUGUUGAGGUGGACAUGAUUAUUUAUUUUCGACAACGUGUUUUCUCACAGGAGGAGGAGAAGAUAAACAGGAUCAGCGUGGAGUCGAGAGUUCGAAAAGACCGUGAGUUACACUUCCCUUCAACCUGAAACAUCCAAAACUUACAGAGAUGUUCCCGCUAGAAAUCUGAAAUAAAAAGUCUGAUGGUCAUCUGUUUGUUUCCUGUCCCCUCAGCGUACAUCGGGCUGAAGAGAGGCUACUUGUUCAUGUACAACCUGGUGCAGUUUUUGGGAUUCUCCUGGAUCUUCGUCAACAUGACGGUUCGACUCUUCAUUCUUGGUCAAGGUCUGUAAGAAAAAAACAAAAAACCCCAAAAAGAAAUGACGACAUAAGACUUCCAGAGUCAUGUUUGAGAAGAUAACCUUUAAGACUCAUAUCUGCAAGAAAGACAGAGGACUUGAGCACAAACCAGUCUGACAGUAACUACAUGUCAACAUCACAACCAGGGGGGAGAAACAUUUAUGUUCUGUGUAAUAAAUUCCUAAAGUUUGUCCACAGCUCCGUAAGCUUUGCUGGCGGAGGCGGAAUUUAUGAUGUAUACUGCAGCCCGUCAACAGAGGGUGCUGUUCUUAGAGUGGCUUCACCCAGCGAGGAGGCAGACUCUGUCCAUUAUAACAGUCUAUGAUUGAAAUCAAUAGAUAAAUGUAUAUUAUGAGUGCUCUCUUCAGACAGUUCGGUAAUAUUUAAUCAGACAAACUUGUUCACUCUGAAGUGUCUGAAAUGCACACGCAGUAUCUCCUGAACUGUACUAUUUGUUUUUAAUGAUGUCUCCAAAUCUUCUGCAGGAGAACAGAUCAUCAAAAACCAUCAAGAGUAGGGCUGGACGAUUUACCAAAAAUUUACCAAUACUGAAAUUUACGACAAUAACCGAUGUCAUUUUGCCCAUAUCGGUAUAUUCGGUGUCAAAAUAGAUAAAUCAAAGUUGGUUUUGGAUGUGUGUAGGUAGGCUGUGGUCUCAUGUCCCUUUAAGACGCUGUCCUAGGUCAGAGACGUGACUCCACCCCAUCCAGUCUGUAACAAAGAGGGAAAGACAGGUGAGGAGACGGAGGACGGUUCAAAAGUUGUAGCUGCUGAAGUAGACGAAGUUAAUGUGGGAGGGGCUGAGAAGCUUGUGGAGUAGUUAUCGUCCAUAUAUCCUGAUAUUGAUUUGAGGCUAUAUCGUCCAGCCCAAACACACAGUAUCGCCUGAACUGUUUGAUUUUAUUCAUGAUGUCUCCAAAUCUUGUCUUGUUUGUUCACUGCUGACAUUUCUAAAAACAAACCAAUCCAUGACCUGAUGAACCUUCAGGCAGCUACUAUUUACAGGUUAUUCAAAAUCCUCCUCAGUUCAUAUUUCUCAUUUUCUCGUCGCUGAAGUGUCUCCAGGGUUUUCAAAGCACAAAACAAAAGUAAAAGCGACGCUGGCGCGCCGCAGAGGGACUAAAUGAAGCUUUUUAUUUUAUGGACUGGAUAAUUAAUCACUGCGCGACCUUUUUAAAGUGAUUGAUAAUGAAACACAAUAACAGAAAGAGACAAACACAAUUAGUGCCUCUGUGCAGGAUAAAAAACAACAACCAGGAGGUGAGCGAGCUCAGUGUUUCUGUUUGAGGGGAUCUAUUCACGGAUGAGCUCAUUUGAAUAGAAACGGGAACACGACCACACAGCGGGGAUUUGUUUUGCAAAUGAUGAUGAUUAGAGAUGAAGAUGGUUCAUGUGUCGUGCUGCUGACUAAUUAUGUCUGUUUGUUUCUGUCCACAGACUCUUUCUACGACACCUUCCACACCACGGCUGAUAUGAUGUAUUUCUGUCAGAUGAUGGCCGUACUGGAGGUCGUGAAUCCGCUGCUGGGUCUGGUUAAGACUGGAUUCUUUCCUGCUAUGAUUCAGGUAACAUGGGGACAGGGACUUUAAAAAUAAACUUAAAACAUGUACUUAUUAAAAAACAACCAUGCACUGUACAGGUAAUUAGGAGUGAUUCACAGUUCAUGCAGUAAGGACACUGCCGCUGUAACCUCCAUCCUGCUCCAGGUUUCAAGGUCUAAGUGCAGAGACAUUAAUCCUAUUUCCACCAGGACAUUAGGGAGGUUCAACGCUGAUGUAGGCAAUUUCAUAACUAGCCUUUUGUUAUGGUCAGCAGGAGCCUGCGGAGGCGCCCACUGGUUUCUGAAGACAAAGAUUUAAAGCCUUAUUAUGACAGGUGUCCAACUUUUUGUCCACCUAGACAAAAGCAGAGAGGUGGAGCUGAGGCGAGCAUUUGACGACCCAGCAGACGGAGACAAUAAUGGGCCUUUAAAAAAAAUCAAAAAUAAACCAGCUUCACUCCUGAACCAGGCUGUAAGCACGCCCAGUGUCGUUGUAAAAAUGCACUUUUUAUAAUGGGACCUAAUGAGGAUUCCUGAGCUUUUGCAGUCAGGCCCAAGUGGACACUUAAGGAACUGCAGUUUUCUGUAUUAAACACCUGAGUUUGAACAUUUAUGUAGCAACUUGCAGGUUAUAUUAACCAUAAAACCCGGCCAGUAAAAUGAUUAGUAAAAACAUGUUUCAUAUUUUCUGAGCUGAGUUUGACUUUGAGCAAACACGCUGCUUUCAGGUCGCAGGGAGGAACGUCAUUCUGUUCGUAAUCUUCGGCUGUCUGGAGGACAUGCAGAACAAACCCGUUGUCUUCUUCGUUUUUUACCUGUGGAGCACCAUCGAGAUCUUCAGGUCAGCUCGCACCUCCAUCCUUCCCGCUCUGAUGUGACCUGCUGUGACUGUAACAUCAUCCCCCUCUCUCCUCUCUUCAUCAGAUAUCCUUUCUACAUGCUGGCUUGCAUCGGCACAGACUGGAAGCUGUUGACGUGGCUCAGAUACAGCCUCUGGAUCCCGCUGUACCCUCUGGGGGUUUUGGCUGAAGGUGAGUUUGUUGGAGACGGUCGGUCGCAGCCUUUUUUGUUACUUGUUCCUGUUAACGGUGUUUCUCUGUGUGUGUUUCCAGCGGUGGCAGUGAUCCAGUCUUUGCCGAUCUUUGAUGAGACUCGUCUGUUCAGCAUCCCUCUCCCUGCCGUGUUGGGAAACUCCAUAAGCUUCUCCUACACUCUGCAGCUCUACCUGAUCCUCAUGUUUCUGGGUGAGACAUCCACAAACACACAGCUGAAAGGAAAUUGACUGUAAAUCUAAAUAAAUCAUAAAUAAAUAAAUCGUUUCUCCUCUGUAGGACUCUUCAUAAAUUUCCGACAUCUGUACAAGCAGCGGAAGAGACGAUACCGCUCCAGGAAAAGGAAAGUCCAGUAA